AGUUCACAUUAGCGCCCCGACCAAGUGCUUCCCAUUAUGAAUUUUAAAACCGAAGACUUUCAAAAAUUCGUUAGUAACCAGCUGCACCAGUUGGCAGUUCUCACCACGAAUCGUCCUACCAAUUACAUUAAUACGUCUGGGAUUACGGUGCCAUAAUCCAGUAAUAAUUCAGGACCAGAUGCAGUUGGAGGACUUUAUGCGGUACCAGGACCUCGUGUGUCAAGCGGCCCAACUUCCCAGAUACACUUGGAAUGGCAGACGAUCCUUGGAAGUCAAACGUAACUUGGCAAAACGCAUGAUCUUCUGCCUUGGAGCAAUAAAUUUGGUUUAUCACAAUAUUGGCUGCGUCAUGUACGGAUAUUUCGUUGAAGGAAGAACGGAGGAUCCAAUUGGGUAUUUAGCUGAAUUGGCAUCUGUGGCCAGCAUGCUUGGAUUCACCAUUGUGGGCACCCUCAACUUGUGGAAGAUGCUAAGCCUUAAGACCCAUUUUGAGCACUUACUAAAUGAAUUUGAGGAAUUAUUUCAACUAACCAAGCACAGGGCGUAUCGCACACAGCACUAUCAAGAGGAGUAUACGCGUCAUAUAAGAAAUACGCUUAUUUUCCAUACCGCUGCCGUUGCCUACUACAACUCACUACCAAUUCUUCUAAUGAUUCGGGAACAUUUGUCGAACUCACAGCAGUUGAGCUAUAGGAUUCAGAGUAGUACCUGGUAUCCCUGGCGGGUUCAGGGAUCAAUUCCUGGAUUUUUUGCUGCGGUCGUCUGUCAAAUCUUUUCGUGCCAAACCAAUAUGUGCGUCAACAUGUUUAUCCAGUUUCUGAUCAACUUUUUUGGUAUCCAGCUAGAAAUUCACUUCGAUGGUUUGGCCAGGCAGCUGGAGACCAUCGAUGCCCGCAAUCCCCAUGCCAAGGAUCAAUUGAAGUAUCUGAUAGUAUAUCACACGAAAUUGCUUAAUCUGGCCGACAGAGUUAAUCGAUCCUUUAACUUUACGUUUCUCAUAAGUCUGUCGGUAUCCAUGAUAUCCACCUGUUUUCUGGCAUUUUCCAUGACCAUGUUCGACUUUGGCACCUCUCUGAAACAUUUACUCGGACUUUUGCUAUUCAUCACAUAUAAUUUUUCUAUGUGCCGCAGUGGUACGCACUUGAUUUUAACGAGUGGCAAAGUAUUGCCAGCGGCCUUUUAUAACAAUUGGUAUGAGGGCGAUCUUGCUUAUCGAAGGAUGCUCCUCAUCCUGAUGAUGCGGGCUACGAAACCUUAUAUGUGGAGAACAUACAAGCUGGCGCCUGUAUCCAUUACUACAUAUAUGGCAACAUUGAAGUUUUCAUAUCAAAUGUUUACCUGUGUGCGGUCCCUGAAAUAAAAGGAGAAAAGUG